CUCGUGUCUGGAGACUUUCAGUUUCAUUUCCCAAACAACUGCCUCACCCCCAUUUCUGAAAGUCUCUAUAGCAGCUGGGCAAGAUCCUCAACUAUCAAGAACAUAAGAAGCAGUCCAUCAUGAACACCAUGCUAACCAAGAGCCAGCAGAGAACGAUCUGCUCCCAGCUGGGAAGAGUCAAACUGCAGCUGCUGUACAAGGCCAGCGUCCAUGAUUUCAGCGGUCCAGCCUUCCACCAACGAUGUGACACCCACAGUCCCACAGUGUCUGUGGGCUAUAAUGCCUCAGGUUACGUGUUCGGAGGUUACACCAAACAACCUUUCAAUCAGUCUGAGGGCUACGUGCAUGACGACCAGGCCUUUCUCUUCACCUUCAGUGGAGAAAUGCUCCUCAAAUAUCCGGUCACUGCUCCUGGUUAUGCAGUGAGAAUGAUAGCUGACUCUGGUCCAUAUUUUGGAGAAGCAUUGGUUCUUGUCAAUGGAAGCAAAGCAGUUGUGUAUAGCAGUCCAGGGAAGUAUUACAACUUCACUGCUGCCGAUAUGCAUGGCAACGACCUUAACCUGACUGAGUGUGAAGUCUAUCAAGUGAAGGAAACCACAGAACUUGAGAGGCCAUGGAGGACUAUAAACUGGGAAUCUGAGAACACGAAUCAGCUAAAGGAGACUAUUAAGAUCUACAAACCCACACACAGCUCUGUGUCCCACGCUCGGGUCCUUCUCAUUGGACCAGUUGGAGCUGGAAAGUCCAGCUUCUUCAAUUCUAUCAACUCUGUUUUCAGAGGCCACGUCACCAGCCAGGCCAUCGCUGGCUGCUCUACCACCAGCCUCACCACACAGCUUCGAACCUACUCAGUGAAAGAUGGACGAAAUGGAAAACCUCUGCCAAUCAUCUUCUGUGAUACCAUGGGAUUGGAGGAAAGCACAGGGGCGGGACCUGAUAUUGAUGACAUCAGCAGCAUCCUUAAAGGUCAUCUGCCCAACUUUUAUCAGUUUAACCCCACUGCUCCUCUGCAAUUGGAUUCUAGUGGCUAUCUCAAGUCUCCUGAGCUUAACGACAAGAUCCACUGUGUGACCUACGUCAUUGACGCCUGCAAGGUCUCCAUCAUGCCCACAAAGCUGGAGGAAAAGCUGAAUGCUAUUCGUAGAAAGGUCAACUUAAUGGGGAUUCCUCAGCUGAUCUUGCUCACGAAAGUUGAUGAAGCCUGCCCUUUGGUGAAAGACGACCUGAAAAACAUUUACAAAAGUAGCUACAUUAAAGAAAUGGUGCAGGAGGUCAGCUCUCGCCUCGGUGUGCCACUAUCCUGUGUUGUUCCAGUGAAGAACUACAGCGAGGAGUUGGAGCUGGACCCGGACAGCAAUAUCCUGCUGCUUAGCGCUGUCAUCCAGAUUCUUCGCUUCGCAGACAACUACUUCGAUGACAUUAGUGACAAAUUCAGCAACAUUGAAGUGUGACGACCCUGAAAGAGUAGCAAGUAUUUAUGCAGCAGUUGCCAAGUUUAAGUGAAAUACGAAUGUUAUAGUUUCUUCAAAACUUCAGCUACAAAUAGUUACUUUUGUUCUAAGAAAUCUUUAUUACUAGAAAUUAUGACUAUAAUAAUAAAGAGCACACACACACACACACACACACACACACACACACACACACACACACACACACACACACACACACACACACACACACACACACACACACACACACACACACACACACACACACACACACACACACACACACACACACACACACAAUCGAUGUUUGUAUUGGCAGAUAUAAUCCUGUAUGUUGAUAUGCUGCAUGUUGUUUAUAUUCAGUGAGUUGUAAACGUCCUUAAUGACAAAAAAGACUUUUGCUGGUGAGACUCGUGUCCUGCUCAUUCAUCAUUAAAGUAACGGAAUUA